GCAAAAUAUGAUUGUUUACGUGUGUUGUUAGCUUGGUAGUAGAGGAGAUUUUCGCGAAUCCACACUGUUUUACCAUGCCUGGAAGUCACUGCUGCGUAAAAAACUGUUCCAGUACAUCACACGAUGCAUAUGGAAAACAUAGAAACAAUGGUACACAGUUUUUUAGAUUACCCAAAUGGAGACAGCAUCAGGGAGAGCAAAUCUCUGACCUGACGAGGAGACGACGGAUUGCUUGGUUGGCUGCAAUAAGAAGAAAGGACCUUACUUUCGAUUUCACCCCCCAGUCGAUGAGAGUCUGUUCUUUGCAUUUUCACUCAGGUAAACCAUCAUUUGAGAUGUUGGAGAACCACCCUGACUGGACACCAUCCCUGCGGUUAGGCCACAAUGAUGUUAAAGAAACAGAUGAAGCAAGAUAUCAGCGGCAAGUGAAGCGCAGGACCCAGAAGCGGCCGCCAGAGCAGGACCACCAGCAGCCGCCACCGCCAGCCCAGGACUACCAGCAGCCGUCACCGCCAGACCAGGACCACCAGCAGCCGUCACCGCCAGACCAGGACCACCAGCAGCCGCCAUCGCCAGCCCAGGGUCACCAGCAGCAGCAGCCGCCAUCACCACCAACCCAGGAAAUGGAAUGUGGACUCUGCACAUCUAGACGAGAUGUUAUCAACAGUCUUUUGGAAGAAAACAGAGAGCUGAAGCGGGAGCUUGAUGAGUACCGGAUGAAUGAGAACUUUCUGGGUGGUGAUGAUAACACAGUGAAGUAUUACACGGGGCUUCCAAACUUUGCAUUGUUCCAGACACUUCUAAUCACCCUCACUCCAUAUCUGCCUCAAUGUAGGAUGAAGAAGCUCUCAUCCUUCCAGCUUGUCCUAUUGACUUUAAUGCGCCUCAGACUAGACCUUCCCAUACAGCACCUCAGCCAUCUGUUUAGAGUACAUAGGACAACAGUUGCUGAUGCCUUUCACCAUACCCUUGGAGUGAUGUACGCACAGCUGUGUCCAUUGGUGCACUGGCCAAGCAGGGAAUGCUUGUUGACCAGUAUGCCACACCAGUUUGUGGAAUCAUUUGGGAACAAUGUGGCUGCCAUUGUGGACUGCUUCGAAGUGUUCAUUGAGAAACCCUCAAAUGUACUGGCAAGGGCGCAGACCUUCUCUCAAUACAAACACGCAUACACAAUGAAAUACCUAAUUGUGAUCACGCCCCAGGGUGUCAUUUCCUUCAUAUCGAACGGGUGGGGUGGGCGCACAAGUGACAAGCAUAUAACUGAGCAAAGUGGUUUCCUGAACAAACUGUUACCAGGUGACAUUGUGCUGGCAGAUAGGGGCUUUAAUAUAAGAGAAAGUGUGGGUAUGAUGUGUGCAGAAGUCAAAUUACCUACAUUCACAAGGGGUCGUGCACAGCUGGAGGCGAAAGAUGUUGAGGAGACUAGGGCCAUAGCACAUCUCAGAAUUCACGUUGAGAGGGUGAUCGGUGUUGUGCGCAACAAGUUCAAAUUCUUACACUCAACUGUACCUGUGCACAUGCUUGUCAAAUGUGAGGGCGAAAACCUAAUGCCUUUAGAUAAGAUUGUCACUGUUUGCAGUGCCUUAACGAACAUGUGCAAAAGUGUUGUUUGAGUGCCUUGUUCACUA